ACACAAUAGAAAGUAUAAACGAGUAAUAUAUUAUGGGUUCUGUGGUGCCUCCUGGGUCCACGGUGAUCUAUCUAACUUCAGAGGAUGAAGCCGAGGAGAGAGACGAUUUUUCCGGAAUUGAAGACCGUCGGAAGGGGUUGCAAGGAGGAGAUCUAGAAGGAGAAGAAGAGGAAGAGGAAGAAGAAGAAGAACUAGAAGACGGUCUGGAAGAAAGGCUGGAAGAAGAUCUGAGGGAUGUAUUGGCAAUAGAUGAGUCGGACUCGGACUACUCACGUACAAAACGUCAAUUGUUUGGAGGACCCCCGGAAGUCAUAGAUGUGGAUAGUGAAGAAGAAUUGGAUCCUGAGCAGGUCUCAAGGAAAAGACAUAGAGCUAGUUUAGAACGUCUUGGGAUGAGAAAUAACGGAGAUAUGAGUAAUCUGGAAACAAAUUUGGCACCUCAGGCGGCAUUCACGUCGAACCCUAGCAGUGUAGGGACGUCGAAUGAUCCCUCGGAUAUCGAUGAUGACAUCAUCGAGGUGCCCGCCGAGGAGGCGGUCAAAAGAAGGUUUAAAACCACAUCCUUCGAACAACCUAAUAGAAGGGUGGACCCUCAGUAUAAUGGGCCAGCACCCGUGAUACAUUUCGAAGGUGGGGGAAACCAAGCGGUGGUGCUGCUGGAGAUGGAAACCCAACGGAUAGCAAGACUUCAAAUAUGUCGAGAAGAACAACGGAAACUUUCCACGGACUAUGCCAAGGUGAACACGGAGAACAGUAAGGCGUUGAGGAAGAGAAUGGAGAUUGCCACGAGCUUGAACCAAUUGUCCCAGGAGAGAAUGGCGUUGUAUCAGGAGGAUGGAAACCGAGAAGGUGAUCCAACGCCACGGUUGCAACAUGUAGACAAUCAAAUCCGCCAGAAGUCUCGUGAAAUGUAUGAGUUGGACUCCUUCUCUGGGCGGUGCCGAUCGGUCAUUCAAUCGAUCACCAACCGGUUAUCGAUGGUGGUUCAGAACAUCCGCCUGUUGGAGGGGAGAUGGCAACAAUAUCAACAGUCCAACCAAAACAUAUUCCAGCAGCAACAGCAACCAUUUGCGUUUGGUAAUGGUGCUGCAGAUGACCAAGAUGGUGAGGUGCUCAGACAAAACCUCAUGGGAUUUACCAGUAAUGUUUAUUCGGACUCUGAUCAACAACAUUUGCAGAAUCUUUUGAACAACAUCCAACCGGAUGAGACCAAUGAGGAAGGGUUGGCGGCCACACCGGCCGCCAUGUCAAUCACCUUGUUAAAGCACCAAAGAAUGGGGUUGAGCUGGAUGGUUCGGAUGGAAGAGCUGAAGAGUAAGGGAGGGAUUUUAGCUGAUGAUAUGGGGUUGGGUAAAACCGUUCAAGCCAUAGCUUUAUUGGUUUAUCAGCCAGAUGAGAAGGAGAAGGUUGAUAAGGUGGAGAAGGUGGAGAAGGUGGAGAAGGUGGAGAAGAUUGAGAAGAUUGAAGAUAAAGAAAUUGACAUUAAAGACGAUUUUCUUGAUCGAAUAGGGAAAAUUGAAGAGAUUGAUGAAAAAUUAGAGUCUGGCAGACUCCCUGGACUUAAUCUAUCCAAACCUACACCGGUCAAACUACUCAAACGGAAGAAAUCCGGACCGUCCACCACGCUUAUCAUUGCUCCUGUAUCUCUUCUCAGACAAUGGGCAGCAGAAAUAGAAUCUAAAGUCAAACCUAGCUAUGCCCUUUCCAUAGCAAUCUACCAUGGAAAGGAUAAAAAGAAACUUGCACGAUGGAAGGACUUCUCGCGUGUUGACGUUGUGCUUACGUCGUACGGUACCCUUUCGCUGGAGUGGAAGAAACACUACAAAUCCGCCUUGGAGGAAGCCAAAGUUGGGAGGGAUCUGGCAGCAAUUCCAGACCUUAACGCGGGGGGAACAUCAUAUGUAUCGCCAUUUUUCGACCGUGACAGUGUUUUCCUCCGGAUCAUUCUUGAUGAAGCACAGGGAAUUAAAAACAAAUUGGCUAUAGCAUCCAAGGCUGUGCAUUGUCUCAAGGCAACGUAUAGAUUCUGUUUGUCCGGUACCCCGAUCCAGAACAACGUUGAAGAGUUGUAUCCGAUCCUUCGAUUCCUUCAAAUCAGACCGUAUAACUCAGAAAAAACGUUUAGAAAGGAUAUCCUGCUCCCGCUAAAAUCCAAAUCUGACAGUUAUGUCCAAUUGGACAAGACCAGGGCAUUGCAGAAACUCCGAGCUUUGCUCAAGGCCAUACUCUUAAGAAGAAUGAAAACCUCUUUGAUAGACGGUAAGCCUAUUCUUCAACUUCCGGAGAAACAUGUGGAGGAGGUUGAUGUGAAGAUGGGCAAGCUGGAACAGGAGUAUUACACUGCGUUGGAACUGGGGAUCAAGAAGAAGGCCGAGAAGUUGUUGAACCAAAGUAAAGUGGGAGCAUAUCUGAACAUCUUGACCAUGUUGUUGCGCUUGAGACAGGCGUGUUGUCACAGCUUUUUAGUUGAGAUUGGGGAAAUGAAGAAGAGAGAAGAGGGAGAGGAUGAGGCCGGCGUUUCAUUUGGUGGUCGUUCUUCCAGCGCUAAAGAUUGGGAGAAGAUGUAUGAAAUCACUCGCGGGAUGAAAAGAGAAAUUGUUGAGAGAGUCAAGAACAGUCUGGAUAAUGAAUCCAAACUGACACUCCUCAUCGAGGCGGAAGAGGCCGGGGAACCAGAUCCAACAAGCGAACCGGAUCUUUUCACUUGUCCAAUUUGCUUUGAUGUCUUGCUGUACUCCUCAGCAAUAAUUUUCCCCAACUGUGGGCAUAUGAUCUGUAAUAAUUGUAUACAUCCCUUCUUUGAAAGGUAUGAGGAGGGGGAUAACGAUGAAGGACGUCGUGUUGCGCGGUGUUUCUCGUGUGAUCUGCCCACUGUCCGGGAAACACAUUUGGUUGAAUACGGGAUGUUUGAACAAGUGUAUGUGGAGAAUCUCACCUACACGGAAGUCAUGCGACAUUAUGAAGAAUCGGGCGUGGGCAACGGGUCGGGGAAGACCUCAAAUUCACAGAAAAUUGCCCAAUUGGUCCGGGCGAAGGGGGGUAAGUUCAUACCUCUGGCAAAGAUUGAACGAUGCUUUGCAUUAAUUCAUGACAUUCUAAGAAACCGUCCGGGGGAAAAGAUCAUUAUUUUCCUGCAGUUUUUGGUUCUUUUUGACCUUAUGAAACUUGUGUUCAACCAUGAAGAGAUCCCCUUUUUGCGAUACGACGGUAGUAUGUCGUUGGAUGAAAAGAAUGCCACCAUCAAGAGGUUCUAUCAAGAGCCGGACAAGCGGGUUUUGCUUCUUUCACUUCGAGCCGGGAACGUUGGGUUGACGCUCACGUGUGCGUCGCACGUCAUCAUCAUGGAUCCCUUCUGGAACCCCUUUGUUGAAGAACAAGCACAAGAUAGAGCCCACCGUAUUGGUCAACAGCGGGAGGUGUAUGUGCAUCGGAUCUUGAUUCAAGGAACUGUUGAGAGCCGGAUCAUGGAGUUACAAGCGUCCAAGAAGAAAUUGGUGAGUGCUGCCUUUGAUGAUGAGGGAAUGAAGUCAGUCAGUAGGUUGGGUAGAAGAGAAUUGGGGUUCCUUUUCGGAUUGAACAGUUUAUAAGUGAUUACAGAGCCUGAGAGUGUAUGUGUUGUAUUCUAUUUAGUUGAGGAUGGGCCAAAUCUCAGGGAUUCAACUUGAAAGAAGAGGGCACAUGUAGUACCUGCGGGGCUGCUCGCGAGCCUACCCUCCGGGGGUAGUGGAACGCUCCGCUGGCCCCUACUCGGGGAGUGCCACUGCGUGGUGCCCAGCUCCUCUACGAGGAGGCUACUGACAGUCAGACCCUUUCCUCGCUAGAGGAACAGGAGCCCCCACGGCUAGUGGCCCACGGAGUGCCAGCGGAGCGGCUUACACCCCCGGAGGGUGAUACUUUUUCCUACCCUGCGGGGCGUUGCUCGUUCGUUGUAUGUAUUAUAUUUUAAUCUUAAUGCUAAUCAAAUGAAAGUCCAGGUGCCUUGCACUGUAAGACUUGUAGUUCCAGU